CACAGUUUGCUUUGCGGAUGCAGCGUGUAGUGUAAACGUCCGUGAUGGCAGGAAGAUGAUGAGGAGAUGAACAGGACUGAGAUAGGUCAGCUGGUUAACUGAUGUCAAAACAACCUGGAACUCAACAUUAGUAAAGACCAAGGAACUGACUGUGGACUUCAGGAAGGGGAAGUUGAGGGAACACACACCAGAGGGAUCAGCAGUGGAAAGGGUGAGCAGUUUCAAGUUCCUUGGUGUUAACAUCUCUGAGGAUCUAUCCCGGGCCCAGCAUAUUGUUGCAAUUACAAAGAAGGCACGGCAGCAGCCAUAUUUCAUUAAGAAUUUGAGGAGAUUUGGUACGUCACCAAGGACACUCGCAAAUCUCUACACAUGUACCAUGGAGAACAUUCUAGCUGGUUGCAUCACUGUCUGGUAUGGUGGGGCCAGAGCACAGGAUCAGAAAAGGCUGCAGAAAGUUGUAAAUUCAGCCAGCUCCAUCAUGGGCACUAGCCUCCCCAGCACGAUGCCUCAAUAAAGUCAUAUGUGUCAAUACGGGCCUCUCAUCACCCAGGACAUACCCUCUUCUCAUUGCUACCACCAAGGAGGUACAGGAGCCUGAGACACACGCUCAACAUGUUAGAAACAGCUUAGAGCAUAAGACAUAGGAGUAGAUUUAGACCAUUUGGCCCAUCGAGUCUGCUCUGCCAUUUCAUCAUGGCUGAUCCAAUUUUCCUCUCAGCCGGAAUCUCCUGCCUUCUCCCCGAAUCCCUUCACGCCCUGACCAAUCGAGAACCCAUCAACCUCUGUCUUAAAUAUACAUAAAGACUUGGCCUCCACAGCUGCCUGUGGCAAAGAUUCACCACUCUCUGGCUAAAGAAAUUCCCCCUCACCUCCGUUCUAAAAGGGCACCCCUCUAUUCUGAGGCUCUGACCUCUGGUCUUACGCUCUCCCACCUUUGGAAACAUGUUCUCCACGUCCACUCUAACAAGGCCUUGAAAGACAUUGCCCUCAUUCUUCUGAAUUCCAGUGAAUACAGAUGCCAAACGGCGUCACCUUUGCUUACAUCUUCAGAAACAGCUCUAUUUCCAUCUUUAAUAUCUCUAUUUUUCCCUUUCAGGGUGUUUUUGAAGACCCUGAGCUGGAGUUACACGCAGACUUCGGUUCUUUGCAGGAACGGGACCCAUCCUCGGGACUCAGACUGAGCCAUUGUUCGGUACGCCAAGGGGUCGGCCUGAGAGGCGGCCUAGUGUUUGAAAGCCUCAGAUCUCAGGGCUCUGGAGACGGGCGGAUCAAAGGUCGGUGUCACAGCAAGAGACUUGUGUGCCGUCAAGGAGCCUGGAAAAUCUUUCGCCACGGGCCCAAAAACCCAAGAUCUUCGCAAUCUUUGGGCACAGAGCUCGUAAAAAGCGACGAAACAAACUUUUUAACAUCAUAAACCAGCGAGUUGUUGUUAUGUCUUCUGCUCGCUGUGAAAAUGGGGGACACCUCCGGCUCCUUUAUUAGGGAGGGAGAGAACCCGUGGGCUGCCGAAUGCCAGAUGAAUUGCGAUAGUCUUUGGGGUAACUGCAAGGUGGCCAUCAAGGUCGUGCCCAUUUCACACACCCUACAGCAGCAGUCUCGCCAUAGCCUCUCCCGGGAGGUCAACGCUCUGCAGACGACGUACAAACACCCAAACGUGAUCCAGCUGUACGAGAGUUUCCGUUCACCGAGCCGUCUGUACCUGGUGCUGGAGCUGGCGUCCAGGGGAGACCUGCUGGAACACAUCAACCGCAGGGCCGAGCGCUCACGGCUCCGAGGGCUGUGCGAGGCCGAGGCCCAGCAGAUGUUCCAGCAGCUGGUGGGGGCCGUGUCCCACUGCCACACCAAGCACAUUGCCCACAGAGACCUGAAAUGUGAGAAUAUCCUGCUGGAUGAGCGAGGAUUCAUCAAACUGUCAGACUUCGGCCUGGCCAGCAAAUGCAGCAGGAACAGCCUGAUGAGCACCUUCUGUGGCUCCUUGCCCUACACCGCCCCCGAGAUACUGCAGGGCCUGAGGUACAGGGGGGACCAGGCCGACAUCUGGAGCAUGGGAAUCAUUCUCUAUGCCAUGGUUACAGGAAAACUUCCCUUCAACAAACUUCAGCCUUGCAAGCUAUUGGAGGAGAUAAAAGGAGGUGUGCUGUACCACGAUCGACUUUCACCAGCCUGCCAGGAUCUCAUCAACAAGAUGCUCCAAUGGACACCCUCAGCCCGUCUCACACUCAGUGACAUCCUCAUCCAUCCUUGGAUGCUCCCGGCCGCAUCCUUCCUCUUCCAGAAAGUCGGGGUCUUCUCGGCUGAGUCGCCACCAAAGAAACAGGAGAAGGCAGCAGCCAAAGAAGGGGGAAGUCUUCCAUCGGCAGGGGCCACAAUCGCGAAGAGGGACCUUGUCGUUUGUAGCUCUGGCAGACAGAAGGAGAAGUUGGCAUCGCUGUGGAAGAUGGUUCCAGGCCCUUUCACACCACUGGCACAGCCCGGAGAACAGCACCAACCUGUGUCCAGAGGACAGCCGCCUGCCAGCCGCCCAGAUGAACUAUUCACCCGGGUGCCCAGACCUCCAGCAGCCUCCAAGCCCCCCACCUGUCCCAGUGCUCGGAAGCGGCCGGUGUCGGCCUGCGUGAGGAAGGUGGAACUGGCUGGCAGGGUCCCAGGUUCCCAGGAAUGGACCCAGCGACUGGAUCUCUCCAAGUCCUCCCACCAUGUCAUCCCACUCGCCCAUUACCUACCCCACUGCUUGAAAGGGUUUUAAAUCAGAAAAUUCACACCCCCACCCCUCAUUGUUGUCUUCCCUAAUGAUCCUUCCUCUGUGUCUGAAAUGCAUCUGUUAUCGUUCACCAGUUCUUAUAUCAAGAGACAUUAACCAAUAAAGAAAAGCAUA